AUGACAGACACCAAAGUGGAAUCAAAUCUAUACUCAACAUGCAAUCAUUUGGAAUCCCUGCCUGAAUGGGAUGGCCAGGAUGUUCCUUCUGUGGGGGACUUGAAGUCAUCCUUGGACACAGCAGAAGAGGAUGCAAACAAUCCCCAGAACUGGUCUUUGACCGCAAAGCUUUGCACGUACCUAACCAUCUGCUCCUUCACAUUUCUUGCCAAUACAAACUCAAGCAACUUCACCGUCGCGACCCAGGCAAUCAUCAAGGAAUUCAAUGUCAGUCAAACCCAAGCCGGAUCCUUGGUCUGUUUCAAUGUCUUUCUUUUUGGCGUGGGGAAUAUCUUCUGGGUUCCACUGAUGCGGGUCGUCGGUAAACGCCCGGUCUACUUGAUCUCCAUGCUGCUGCUCUGCAUGAUUAAUGUUUGGUCGAGUCGAGCCAGCAGCUAUAACGAGCUACUCGCAUCUCGUAUCGUCUCGGGAUUUGCGGCCGCCGCGGCCGAUGCCACCGUUCCCGCGGUGGUGGCCGAUAUGGUCGCAGUCAAAGACCGGGGCCACUACAUGAUGUUCUUCCAUCUCGCCAUGACAGCUGGUCUGUUUCUGGGUCCCAUGAUCAGCGCUUUCCUUGUUCAACAGCAGGAUUGGCGGUGGAUGUGCUACUUCAUGGCAAUCGCUGUCGGAGUCAUCUUUGUCGUUUCAAUCUUUACAAUCCGAGAGACUUCCUAUCUCAAGCGACACCAAGAUGACAGUAAGCGAACUCGCCUUCAGUGGAUGUCAUUGACUAUCGGAUACAAUCGGGAUGCCUCAUUUUUUCAGACUCUGUUGGAUAUCCUGGCCAAUGCUACCUACCCGCCAAUCCUCUGGUGUUCGUUCACUAUUGGUAUCUCCGUUGGAUGGAAUAUCGUCGUUCAAUUGACCUCCUCGCGGACGUUCACCAAACCGCCCUAUAACUGGAAGCUAGGAAAUGAGGGUCUUUUCCUGCUUUCGGGGUUCAUUGGAGCAGUGUUGGCCUUUUAUAUCGGUGGCCGAUUGAUCGAUAUCGUCUCGUCCCGAAGCACGGCACGACAUGGUGGUAUCCGUAUGCCCGAGUAUCGGCUACCUGCAAUCAUCAUCCCUGGUAUAAUUGGACCGGCUGGAAUUCUUAUCUUUGGACUCUGCAUUGCCCAUAAAACACAUUGGAUUGGCCCCGCGUUUGGAUUUGCCAUGCAGGCUUUCGGUCUUGCCGCCAUCUCGAACGUGGCUGUGACAUAUUGCCUGGACUCGUACAAACCGGUGACUGGUGAGGCUCUCGUUAUCAUUUUCGUUAUCCGGAAUACCAUUGGGAUGCUUCUAUCUCUAUAUGCCGCGGAUUGGAUCGAAAAGCAGGGUACUGCGCCCGUCUUCGGUGAGAUGACGGCAAUUCAAGUCCUGAGCAUUCUUUUUGCCAUUCCGCUCUAUUUUUGGGGUCGUCCACUGCGGGACUUCACCUCUAAAUAUGGACCAAUGAAGCGAUUUCAGACCGCAUAG